UCAUUGCUCUCUAUGUCGCUGAGUGUACUUAGAUGAUAUGUUAUUAUUUGCUACUAUCAUUUCAUUAUCACACACGAUUCAGUUUUAUAUAUAUAUGACUCACUUAGAACACCAAGUUUAGUCGUGAUAAAAUUUUCUACACAUUCUGUGCGGACCAGUUCGGACCAGUGCAGAAAUGAGUUUCAAAAACAAAGUUGUCAUUGUUACUGGUGCUAGUUCCGGUAUCGGCGCAUCCACAGCUGUUCUGUUCGCGAAAGAAGGCGCCGAUGUAGUCAUUGUAGCUAGAAACGAAAUAAAACUGAAGAAAGUAGAAGAAGACUGCGCUAAAGUCGGAAAAAAACCUUUAAUCAUCAAAGCUGAUGUAUCAAAUGACGAUGACGUUAAAAGAAUAAUUGAUGAUACAAUUGCUAAGUACAAAAAGAUUGAUGUACUCGUGAAUAAUGCCGGCAUAGCGAGAAUCGGAACCAUUCUCGAUGGGUCCGUUCCAAAAAUUUACGAUUUACUUAUGAAUACAAACGUACGAUCAGUUGUUCAGCUGACAACUUUAGCCGCUCCGCAUUUGGUCAAAACUAAAGGUAACAUAGUAAAUGUUUCAAGCGUAUCUGGCAUAACGAUCAAUAAUGCAGAAAUGGGUACAUAUUGUACUACUAAAGCUGCUUUAAGUCAUUUUUCAAGAGCAACAGCGUUGGAAUUGGCAUCACAUGGAGUAAGAGUGAAUAUUGUGAGUCCUGGGCCUGUUUAUACUGAUAUCAUUGAAAAUUCUGGCCUAGACAAGUCUUUUGAAGAAUUAGGAGCCAAUACAGCGUUGAACAACAGAAUAUCUAGACCAGAAGAGAUAGCAGACUUGAUUUUGUACUUAGCUAGUGAAAAGGCUGUGGGUAUCACUGGUUCCAACUUUGUAUCAGAUAAUGGUAUGCUUUUAUUAAAGUAAUUGAUUUAUUAUUAAUGUUUAUCAAAAUUUUGUAUUACAGGCUAUAAAAAGUUAACUAAGUACUUUUAGUUUUAAAAAUAAGUUAAGUUUGUUACACAUUUCUAAACCAUUCAACUUAGAAAAUUUAUAUUUUCGUUUUAUAUCAAUAUAAUUAUCUUUUUAUAAUUUUUUAUAUUUUUUUUUACAUUUAGACUAAUUGAUUUUUUAAAUGUUAAAUAGAUAACACAAAAGGUAUAUGUAAUAAAAGUUUGUAAUUUGAAAACAA